GGAGCUGCUCGUCGACGGCCAUGGAGGCCUCGCCGGCGCCGGCGUGGAGCGGCAGCUUCUUCAACAGCGGCGUCGUGCUCAGCCUGCUGGCCGUGCUGUGGACGGUGCUGUGGAACAACCUGCAGGGGCUGCAGCUGCACCACCUGUUCGGCCGCCACCUCAACCGCCACGCGCGCCGCCUCGCCGCCCUCGUCGAUCCCUACCUCUCCGUCACCGUCGCCGAGUACGACGGCGGGAGGAUGAGGCGGAGCGAGGCGUACAGGGAGGUGCAGGCGUACCUGCAGCGCGCCACCGUGGCCGCCGCCGGCGGGGUCAGGCACCUCAAGGCCGAGCCGGCCAAGGGCGCCGACGCGCUCGUGCUCAGCAUGGGCGACAACGAGGAGGUCGCCGACGUGUUCCGGGGGGCCACGGUGUGGUGGUUCGCCUACUCGAGGCCGCCGAGGGAGGACGGCGCCGCCGGGUUCUACUGGGGCGGCCGCGCCGCCCGCGCCGACCGCCGGUUCUACCGCCUCUGCUUCCUCGAGCGCGACCGCGACGUCGUCCUCGCCGACUACCUCCCCCACGUCCGCCGCGAGGGCCGCGCCGUCAUGGUCAAGAACCGCCAGCGGAAGCUCUUCACCAACCUCGCCGGCGACAGCUGGGACGACGACGGCCGGUGGUGCGACAGCGUGUGGAGCCACGUGGUGUUCGAGCACCCCAAGACGUUCGAGACGCUGGCCAUGGAUCCGGCCAAGAAGAAGGAGAUCAUGGACGACCUCGACGCGUUCCGGAACGGGAAGGACUACUACGCGCGCGUCGGCAAGGCGUGGAAGAGAGGGUACCUCCUGCACGGCCCGCCCGGCACCGGCAAGUCCACCAUGAUCGCCGCCAUGGCCAACUACCUCGACUACGACAUCUACGACAUCGAGCUCACGUCGGUGCGCACCAACACCGACCUCCGCAAGCUCUUCAUCGAGACCACCAACAAGUCCAUCAUCGUCAUCGAGGACAUCGACUGCUCCCUCGACCUCACCGGCAAGCGCAAGAAGAAGAAGAAGAAGGACGCCGACGAGGACGCCGACAAGAACAAGGACGGCGACAAGAAGCCCGGCCCGCCGGAGGACCAGGACGAGAAGAAGGGCAAGGAGAACAGCAAGGUGACGCUCUCCGGCGUGCUCAACUUCAUCGACGGGCUCUGGUCGGCGUGCGGCGGCGAGCGCAUCAUCGUCUUCACCACCAACCACGUCGAGAAGCUCGACCCGGCGCUCAUCCGCCGCGGCCGCAUGGACAAGCACAUCGAGAUGUCCUACUGCGGCUUCGAGGCCUUCAAGUUCCUCGCCAAGAUCUACCUCGGCGUCGACGCCCACCACCUGUUCGACGACGUUGAGUCGCUGCUGUGCGAGGUCGACAUGACGCCGGCCGACGUCGAGGAGAACCUGACGCCCAAGGGCCCCGGCGACAACGCCGACACGUGCCUCGCCGAGCUGGUUAAGGAGCUGGAGAAGACCAAGGCCGAGAAGGCGCAGGCGAAGGUCGGAGGGAAGGGGAAGGCGACGGCGGAGGACGCCGACGACGAUGACGACGACACUGACGAGGAUGAGUAGACUAAUGUUGACUUACUUUGCUGGUUACUUGCAAAUUGUUCUGAUUGUUUGAGUGUUUUAAUCAAACGGCAUAAUGAAAAUAAUGAAAAAUAAUCUG